AUGCCAAAGAAUAAAUAUAACAUCUUGGCAGAAAAGCCUCAGGAUCCAAAGGAUUCUCCAGCGAAUGAGGAGAACUUGAGUCUUGCAUUUGAGUCGUCCUUGAUUCUUUCUGGAACAAAAUAUCCCGAACCUAGAACGAGAAUUGCAUUCAACUUCAUAUCUACAUGCGAGCAUGGUGUGGUCAAGCUUUUCUUUGUCACAGUAACCCACGCCAAGUCAGAUCAGGAGUACUAUGGAUUGGAUGCAUCGGAUAACUGUGUGAUUGUCUCGUCGGACAAAUUAGAGACCGGAAAGAGAUAUGAAAUUUAUGGGAGGCUUGAGGGCGGAACACCUAAAACCCUCCACUGUGUAGAGAUCAGGGAGAUAUGUUAUAGAAGACUGUGCUACGAAAUAUUCUGA